AACAAUUGCAAUCAAUCGGAAACAAUCAAGCAAUCAAUCCGCACAAUAAUCACUUCAAAAACUGAUCGGUGUGCUACAGAAUCCUCUUUCAACAAGUAUCCGCCAUCCGGCUAUCGCUUCAUCGUCAACGUACAUUCCGCCAAGGGACUCGGCACACCUCAUCCGCAGGCGCAACCAGGCUUGACGCGCCUAUGCCGCUAUCUUCACCAAAUCACACAGCCUCCAUUCGUUCCACCCCGUCCCCCAAAGCCCAGGUGGCCUGUGGCUAAGAGAUCCCCAAGACUCUCGCCCUUAGCGGGUGCUCGGCUUCCAGCGACUCUCUUCUAGGGCUUAUUAGAACUCCUCCGCUCUACCUCUGUUCUCGUACAUUCACAUCUCCGCUCCUGCUGCGACCUGCUUUGAAAGCAAGUCUGUACAACACAUUCAUUCACAAUUCCCCUCUACGCCCAUUCAUACGCCGAUGGUCGACUCAGCCGACGAGCCUCCGCUGUCAAAUCGUCUACACUCAUGGGCUAAGACCACGUUUCCAGCAGCGUCGUCCCUCAACCCUCUCCGAUCCCGCCACGAAGAUCUUGUCGAAUCAUCUCGACCCCGAUCCGACGACACCGAUACCACCUCGAAUCAUGCUAGCCACGGACCCUCUGCAGCUCGUCCUGCAACCCCCCAGUCACGUAGAGAUGGAGCGGAUAAAGAGCAACAACAGCCAUCGUCUGUGGACAAGAAAGGAGAUGGAGCGCAAUCUUCCCCCAUAGGAACUCCUGCUACCAAGGUCAAGGCGCCCUUGGUCAACCGUUUCCUCCGAGAUGUCAAGCGCAUCCUCUACUCCAGUUGGAUCAACUGGCUCCUUAUCUUCGUGCCUGUGGGAAUCAUUUUGGGAAUUCUCGUUGAUUGGGCUCAUACCGACUUGGUAAGCCCUACCGUCGUGUUUGCCAUCAAUGCGGUUGCCAUCAUUCCCCUGGCAUCGCUGCUCGCAUAUGCCACGGAAAGUGUGGCGAUCAAGUUGGGAGACACAAUCGGUGCUUUGUUGAAUGUGACCUUUGGCAACGCUGUCGAGCUGAUCAUCUUCAUCAUCGCACUCGCCGCAAACGAAGUCCGCGUAGUUCAAGCCGCUGCCCUCGGUUCAAUCUUGUCCAAUCUACUGUUGAUCCUGGGCAUGUGCUUUGUCGCCGGCGGUCUUCGCUUUCGAGAACAGUUGUAUAAUGCAACCGUGUCUCAAAUGAGCGCCUGUCUUCUCUGCUUGAGUGUCAUCAGUCUUUUGCUACCAACAGCCUUCCAUGCAUCCUUCUCAGACACCAACCGAGCGGACCACGUCGUGUUGAAAGUGUCGAGAGGUACUAGCGUAGUCCUUUUAUUGGUCUACCUCAUCUAUCUGCUAUUUCAGCUCAAGUCGCAUGCUUUCAUGUAUCAAAGCACACCUCAACAUCUGAUCGAUGAAGAGUCUCAUCCUGGUGUUCUUGCCGACAUUUUGAACUCGUCGAGCUCGAGUGAUAGCUCCAGCUCGAGCAGUUCCGACACAGACUCUAGCUCUGGUUCACAUACCACUGCGAAACGCUUCCGACGCGCUCUUCGUCGUAAGAGACGCAAGUCAACCUCAAGCACCAAGGACAACUCAUCACUCCCGGCACUUACCCGAAGUCCGUCUGUCCUGACUGGGCCUGGCGGUUCGGUGAAUCAGACCACCUCCCUUGCAACUCAAGACCUGGAGCCUGUCUUUAGUGGCGACGAGGCCGAUGUUGAUGGCGAGGGCAGGACCGGUAGACGACGUUCUCGAACCCGGGCUGUAUACACACGGGAUUUUGAGAUUGCGGCCCACGCGGACCACUUGUCUGAGAAACCCAAAAAGCAUAGCAAAAAGUCCAAAAAGUCCAAACGCUGGAAAAAGGAGAAAAUGCAAGACCAGGAGAAGGCGCCUGCGAUCGAAACACAGACGGCAAGUUCCCUCUCCACAUUGAACACGCUGUUGCCCCAAGUUGGUUUCGCAAACGAGGUCCAAGAGGUCCCGGCCGACGGCACAGCUCGCAAACCUUUCAAUAUCCGCAAUAUUGGAGAGGCAGUCAAGCCAGCAUUCAGCUCAACAGUAUUCCCUCAUCAUGAAGCGCUCGGAAGAUCAUUGGCAAUUCCGAUUCGACCUCUUUCACAGCCAAGAUCCAGCUCCCGGGGCCUGCGUCGGACCUCCUCAAUGCCAGACAUGAUCCAUCCCACCAUCUCAAAUAAUCCUCGGUUAUCAACUUUGAACAGUCCAACCCUUCCGGUGAUCACUGCAACUUCUGAACCAGGAGCCGAGGCAGCGACUGAAGAGGUUGUGGAAACUAAAGAGCAUCUCUCGCGUACUUCGGCCAUCAUCCUCCUCUUGUCUAGCACAGCCCUUGUUGCCCUCUGCGCCGAGUUCCUGGUCGGAAGCAUUGAUUACCUCGUUUCGAACAGUGGUGUCAGUCAGGCAUUUGUCGGUCUUAUUAUUCUUCCCAUCGUCGGCAAUGCCGCUGAACAUGUCACAGCCGUGACCGUUGCGGCCAAGAACAAGAUGGAUCUUGCCAUCAAUAUUGCGCUGGGUAGCAGUAUUCAGAUUGCUUUGUUCGUCACUCCACUCAUGGUCAUCCUCGGCUGGAUCAUCAAGACAGAUAUGAGUCUGUAUUUCAGUCUUUUCGAGACAGUCAGCUUGUUUGCCAGUGCCUUCAUCGUCAGCUUCCUGAUGAUUGACGGGCGCAGCAACUAUCUCGAAGGCGCAUUGUUGAUCGCAGCUUAUGUGAUCAUUGCAGUGGCUGCAUUUUUCUAUCCCACCUGCGACCUGAGUUCGGCCAGUGGACCACUUGAGGGAACUAAUCGAAUUUGCUAAGGCGCGGUCUGCAUGAUGGCUGUGUUGGAUUUUGGUUUGUCGAUCAAGGAGCUGUUGUCACUGGGUCGUCGGGUCUUUCGGAGGGAAGACAGGGACAUGGAGAUGUCAGGAAGACUGCCGGCUCAAAAGUCAUGAGCUCGUUUACCCGUUUGUUGCGAUCAUAUCAAUACUAUCGUGUGGUUCGGCAGCCGUGUUGUGAGCUGCUCCAUUCGAUAUCAUUCAUUACUCUCGGAGGUUGGUGCAUGGCGUGUUGCUGUUUAUAUAUUCACAUUCGUUACACCGUCGCGGUUCGCUCUGCUUCCUACAAAGGGGCAGCUGCUGAAGACCGCUUGAUGGGCACGGUUGACUAAUUCAAUCACAAUACGAUUGAAGCGUACUCGAUGCUCGAGUCAAUCAUGGUCGUGUAUUCUUGUUAUCGUUCAGGUAGAUUACUCGAAAGAUUGACGGACAAGUCCAUUGAUGGACGUUGAGAUUCA